AUGGAGAGUGCCAGUGGAGCGACACGACCCGUCGCUCGCGUUACCCUUGUGAGCUUCUUGGUCCUGCUAGACAUGUCCAUCCUUGGUACCGCCAUCCCUCGAAUCACAACCGAGUUCAACGCGCUACCUGAUGUCGGUUGGUACAUCGGCGCCUACAACCUAGCAGCGUACUACACAUACCUUACUUUCACUCUCUUCUUCGAACUCGGUUCCUUAAUAUGCGGUCUCGCCCCAUCCUCUUCAAUGUUCAUCGGCGGCCGUGUCAUCGCCGGUCUUGGCGCUGCCGGCAUCUUCAACGGUGGCUUCACCAUCAUUUCCAGCGCUGUACCGCUUGACAAGAGUCCUCUCUACACAGGCAUACUUGCUGGGUUCACGCAGCUCGGCAUCGUUGCUGGGCCACUCAUUGGCGGUGUGCUGACUGAGCGCGUCACUUGGCGUUGGUGCUUCUAUAUCAACCUGCCAGUUGGCGGUGUUGUUGCGACAUUGUUUGUGUUUGUGAGAAUCCCGGAGAUCAUAAAGAAAGAGCCAUUUACCUUCGAUCUGGUCAGACAGGUGCUGCCUGAACUCGACCUCAUAGGCUUCGCACUGUUUGCACCAGCAGCAGUCAUGUUCCUCGUAGCAUUGCAGUUCGGCAGUGGGAACACUUACGCCUGGGACAGCGCAACCAUCAUUGGCUUGACCUGUGGUGCUGGUGUGACAGCCUUGAUCUUCAUCGCCUGGGAGGCUAGGAUGGGCAAUCGAGCUAUGAUCCCUGGCGGCAUGCUUCGAAAGCGCAUUGUGUGGACUAGCUGCGUGUUCGGUUCAGCGCUCAUGUGCUGCAGUAUUGUUGCGAGCAAUUGGCUUCCAACAUAUUUUCAGGCUGCCAAGGGUGAGGGACCGAUGUUGAGUGGUGUACAUAUCUUGCCUAGUAUUCUCAGCGCUUUGCUGUUCGUUGUCAUUACCGGAGCUGCGAUUACAAGACAGGGAUACUACCUUCCCUGGGGCCUCUUCUGCGGUAUUCUUACGGCAAUUGGCGCUGGGUUGGUCUCGAUGUGGACUCCAAAAACGAGCGUGGCCCAGUGGAUUGGGUAUCAAAUCAUCUUCGGAGCUGGUCGAGGAGCUGGCAUGCAAGUCCCCAUUGUAGCCGUCCAGAACGCUGUAACGUCGGCUCAGAUACCUGUUGCAAUGGCCGUACUCAUCUUCUUCCAGAACUUCAGUACCUCGGUCGCUGGCGUCGUCAGCAACACCAUAUUUACCCAGACUCUGACGGCUUCGAUUCCAAAGUAUGCACCUUCAGUGUCACCAGCUGCAGCACUGGAAGCUGGUUCCGGUGCAAGUGCUGUUCGAGAUAUCGUACCGGCUGGGCAUGAAGAGGAGCUAGAUGGUCUAUUGAGGGCGUACUCUGACAGUUUGCGUAACGUGUUUUACUUCCUGGUCGGUCUUGCUGUGCUGGCUACUGUAGUGAGCUUGGGGAUGGGCUGGAAAGAUGUGAAGAAGAAGAAAGGAGAUUCCGGGGAAGAAGCCCAGGCGACCAGGAAGAGCAACGAGGUGUAG